AUGACUAUUCCCAACCAUGAAAGCGUUCUUAAUGGACUACUAAAAGUUUCUAGAGAAGCGUUUCCAAGAACGAUUACAGAUGGUGAGCUUAAGGUAGAUCCCACCAACGCUGAUUUGCAGACGAUACUAAACUCUUUGAUAAGGGGCUCACUUCUGAUCAAAAUACCAAUGUUUUUUGCAAGACUGGAAUAGUCUUCGAGGAUGUAGAAGUUCAAGGAAAGGAUAAAACAUUUGAUGUCGCUUCUACUAUUGGUGACAUAUUUCAAGGACCACUUAGUGCUAUCCGCCGAGCACGGGCACAAACUCGAAUUCCAAAUCAUUAUAUUCUUAGAGGGAUUAACGGACUUGCCAAACAAGGUGAAAUGGUUUUGGUUUUAGGAAGGCCCGGUUCGGGAUGUCUGAGUUUAUUGAAAAAAUUGAGUGGAACUGAUUUAGAUUCAUUCAUUUCAACAAGUGGAGAUAUUCGUUACGAUGGAAUUUUACAAUCGGAAAUGCUUAAAAAUUUUAAGUCUGAACUUAUCUAUAGUCCGGAAUUGGAUGUUCAUAUGCCCCAUUUAACCGUGGAACAAACAUUAAAGUUUGCUAUUUCAUGUAAGAUUCCAAAUACAUUUAUUGACGGUAACAAUCAUGACCCGUUAAUUGAUACAAUUAAGGACAUUUUGGCAACUUUACUAGGGUUGCGCCAUACUUAUGAGACCAAGGUGGGAAAUGAGCUUGUUCCUGGAGUCUCCCGAGGUGAAAGAAAAAAAAUAUCUAUCGCUGAAGCUUUAGCUUGUCAAGCCUCUUUCUACUGUUGGGAUAACGCAACUAAAGGAUUGGACGCUUCCAGUGCAUUUGAAUGCGCAAAAGUAAUUCGUACUUUCACAAACUUAUUUAAAACUACUGCAUUUGUUACCAUUUAUCAAGGUGGUGAAGAUAUAUAUAAAACUUUUGAUAAAGUGACCAUUUUAUACUUGGGUCGCCAAAUUUAUUUUGGUCCAAUAGAAAGGGCAAAGCAAUUCUUUGAGACCAUGGGCUGGGAGUGCCCACCUAGGCAAUCUACCACUGAUUUCCUAAAUGCUGUUACAGAUCCAAUAGGCAGGUUCCCACGCCCGGGAUAUGAAAGUAAGGUCCCUCAUACUGCUGAAGAGUUUGAAGACUAUUGGCUAAAAUCGACAGAAUAUAAAAAUCUUAGACAGGAAAUGUUUGAGUACAAAGCGUUCAUAAAUGAGGCUGGAUGUAAGACAAACCAUGAAUGUGUUAAGAAAUGAAAGAAGUACUUCAGAAGUACUUCAAAAUACACUAUUAAUUUUAUCGAACAGCUAAAAAUAUGCAUUAGAAGACGCUUUCAGGCGAUUAAGGGAGAUAAUAUGUGCCUUAUAAUUCAGGUCAUUUCUGCAUUGGCACAAGGGUUUAUUGUCGGAUCUUCAUGUUACAAUACCACCGAUGAUGCAUCAGGUUCAUUCUCUCGAAGUGGAGUUUGUUUCUUCGCUGCCCUUUAUGUUUCAUUAAUUAGUUUGGCUGAAGUUCCGUCAUCUUUCAAUACCCGUCUGAUAUUAAUGAAACAAAGAAACAACUCCAUGUACUAUCUUUCCUUUGAUGCAUUGGCCGUAACUGUCUCCUCUAUUCCAGUUGCUCUUAUUGUGACUUUUCUUUUCGUCAUUGUGAUCUACAAUUUGGCGAAUCUAGCAAGAGACGUUUGUAAAUUCUUCAUCUUUUUCUUAUUCGUGUUCCUUUUAAAUUUAACAAUAUCUUCCUUAUUUAGGGCAGUUUCUGCAUUGAAUAAGACUGUUGCUGCUGCUAAUACAAUGGCAGGAUUGUUAAUGCUUGCGCUUUUUCUGUAUUCGUCAAUAAUCCAAGGACCCUCUAUGCACCCUUGGCUUAAGUGGGUAUCUUAUAUCAACCCUCUACUUUAUGGGUUUGAAGCAAUGAUUGCAAUUGAAUUCCAUGGCAGAAAGAUGCAAUGUGAUGCACCACAUCUCGUUCCCAACGGUCCAGGAUUUCAAGAUGUGAGUGCUGGUGAACAAGUUUGUUCAUUUAUUGGAUCAGUUCCAGGUCAAAGUUGGGUUUCCGGUGAUGCAUAUCUUGAAGCUGCGCUCACAUUCAAGUUUUCUCACGUUUGGAGAAAUUUGGGUAUUCUUCUUGGCUUCUAUAUAUUGUUCUUCUUGGUCAACGCAAUAGCUGUUUCGUUUGUUAAGCCCAUCAUUGUGACUGGCGAUCGUUUGAUCUUCCUUAGAGGUAAAGUUCCUGAUACCAUUGUUUUGCCGGAACAAAAACUUGAUUCUACUGUCUCUGCCAUUCCUAAUUCUUUAGAAAAAAAUGGGCAUGUCACAGCAGUUUUCGAAGAUUUGAAAUCAAAUGAUUUGCUUGUUUGGAAAGAUAUUACAUGUUCCAUUUCACUCGACGGUGCCAAAAGAACCGUGUUGGAUGCGGUGUCUGGAUAUUGUGUCCCUGGGACUUUAACAGCUCUUAUGGGUGAAUCUGAUAUUGAGAAGACUACUUUGUUAUCGAUUUUGGCAAGAAGAGUUGCUAUUGGUUCUGGUGAAGUACUGGUUAAUGGAGAGCCAUUUGAUACUGAUUUGACCAGAAGAAUUGGUUAUGUGCAACAACAAGAUAUGCAUAUUAGCGAGGCUACGGUGAGAGAAUCGCUUAACUUCUCUGCUCUACUUCGUAGACCAAAUACGGUGUCAGAGCGAGAAAAGUUGGAAUAUGUUGAAAAGAUCAUAUAUUCGAUGGACAUGGUAGAGUAUGCAGAUGCUCUUGUUGGUCAAUCUGGUUGUGGUCUCAACCUUGAGCAAAGGAAAAAGUUAAGUAUUGCAAUUGAAUUGGUAACCAAACCAUCGGUACUAUAUUUGAAUGAACCAACUUCUGGAUUGGAUUCACAAUCUGCUUGGGCUAUUAUUAAGAUGUUACGAGAUUUGACUAAUGCUGGUUUAUCUAUAAUAUGUACUAUGCAUCAGCCUUCAGCUUCCUUAUUCGAAAUAUUUGAUCGCUUACUAUUAUUAAAGAAAGGUGGCCAAACAGUAUACUUCGGUGAUAUUGGUGUUCAUUCCAGAACGUUAUUGGAAUAUUUCAAGAAGUACGGUUCAAGAGAGUGUCAUUAUAAUGAGAACCCGGCUGAAUUUAUUCUUGAGGUUAUUGGGGCUGAUUCCACAGCAAUAGUAGAUAAUCACUGGGGCCAUAUCUGGUUAGAAUCUGGUGAAAGGCAAAAGACAAUUAUUGAAGGCGACAGGCUCCUCGAGGAGUAUUCUAGACCUAAGUCUCAAGGAAGUAUUUCCGAAUAUGUUACACCAUGGACAUAUCAACUUCUCAUGGUACUUCGUAGAAAUGCCUCUACAUUCUACAGAAAUCCUGGAUAUAUUUGGGCUAAGCUAAGUCUUAUGACAAUUUCUGGACUAUUCAUUGGGUUCACAUUCUUUGGAUUGAAAUCAAGCAUUACUGGUAUGCAAAACGCUAUUUUCUUGUCAUUUUUAGUGGUUGUCGUGGCUGCUCCACUGAUUAACCAACUUCAAGAACAAGCAAUAUUUAGCCGGGAAUUAUAUGAAACGAGAGAAAGGAUGACCCACUCCUAUCAUUGGUCAUCGAUGAUCUUGUCGCAAUUUCUCAAUGAAUUGCCAUACUGCUUUUUUGGAGCUGUUCUCAUGUUUGUAUCGUUGUAUUUCCCAACUCAAGCGAGUUCUUCUGGCUAUCACUCUGGUGUCUUCUAUUUAACUUUCGGCAUCUUUUUCCAAAUGUAUUAUGUUUCAUUUGGUUUGAUGAUUCUUUAUGUGGCCCCAGAUAUUCCAUCUGCAGCUGUUCUAGUGUCCUUCUUUUAUUCAUUUAUUGUGGCCUUUAGUGGUGUUGUGCAACCAGUGAGAUUCAUGCCUGGUUUUUGGACCUUUAUGUACAAAGCAAGUCCUUACACUUAUUUCAUCGAAAACUUAUUAGCUUCAAUUUUGUACGAUGGGAAAGCUGUUUGUAUCUUGAAGGAAUUGACCCAUUUUAAUCCCCCGAGUGGAAAGACUUGUCAGGAAUACGCAGGUACAUUUGCAAAGCAAACUGGAGGAUACUUGACGAACCCCUCAGCCACUGAAAAUUGCGGCUACUGUGCAUACUCGAGUGCUAAUUCAUUUUUGAAAAAUUUAGGUUGGGAUCACUCGCAUAUCUGGAGAAAUUUUGGGUUAUUCUGUGCUUACAUUGCGUUUGAUGUUGUUGCCAUGUUGGCCUUGUAUUGGCUUUUCAGAGCCAGAAUGAGAUCUUUAAUACCUGGCUUUCUCGUAAGAAAAAAAUAUCCACUUUCUUAA